UUUGAGGAAGAUGGAUGAGUCUCCAGGGCAACUCCCCUUUCUAUCCUCUUGUAUUGAUGAUAACCGAGAGAAAGAGAGAGAGAGAGAGAGAGCGCGAGAGCGAGUGUGAGAGAGAGAGGGCUCUGCGUGUGUGUGUUUAUGUCUCAGUAUGUGACAAACAGAGGCUGAGACACUGAGAGCUUCAGACAAAAAACGCAUCAGGUCUCAGUCAGUUGGACGGCGAGGACCCUACAGCAUCAUCAUCAGGAUAACCGUGGACCACAUUUGGGUGAUUUGUCUCAGAAGGCCACUGCACGGGAUUUAUACGACCAGACCGCGCUCAGUUCACCAUGCAGAGACCGAGCGGUCCAGGCACGGCGUUUUCCAUUGAUUCAUUGAUUGGCACUCCACAGCCCCGUCCGGGCCACCUGCUCUACACGGGCUACCCGAUGUUUAUGCCGUACCGACCGCUUAUGAUUCCACAAGCCCUGUCUCAUUCGUCAUUACCAUCGGGCAUCCCUCCCUUGGCACCGCUGGCAUCGUUCGCGGGGCGCCUGACCAACACUUUUUGCGCGGGGCUGGGGCCGGGAAUGCCCUCCAUGGUGGCGCUCACCACCACCCUACCCAGUUUCUCGGACCCUCCAGAUAGUUUCUAUCCCCCGCAGGAGAUGCCGGGACCACGGUUAAGCGCGGACGGGACGGGGAUGAACCGGCAGGAGAGCCCGCACGACGAACUCAAGGGCUCUGAACUCCUCAAUUUCACGGAAACUUUUCAGGCGGUUGCAGGCGAAACCAAACUCUAUAGUUCAGAUGAUGAGAAACUGGACCUGAAAUCAGCUGAGGCCGCGUGCAGUGACAGGGAGGACAGUUCAGCCGACAGCGAGAACGAAAGCUUCUCCGACGGGAACACCUGCGCUUCUGCGUCCCAGAAAAGCAAACUCAAAGGCGGCUCACAGGACGCGUUACCGCCGGGCAGCUCGGCAGGAAAGAGCCGGAGGAGGCGGACUGCUUUCACUAGCGAACAGCUGCUGGAACUCGAGAAGGAGUUUCACUGUAAGAAGUAUCUGUCCCUCACCGAGCGCUCUCAGAUCGCGCACGCGCUCAAACUCAGCGAGGUCCAGGUCAAAAUCUGGUUCCAGAACCGCAGGGCCAAGUGGAAACGGAUCAAAGCCGGAAACGUCAACAACAGAUCCGGUGAGCCCGUCAGAAACCCCAAAAUCGUGGUGCCCAUUCCCGUGCAUGUCAACAGGUUCACGGUGCGGAGUCAACAUCAACAGAUCGAACCGGGCAGCAGGCCAUGAACUCCUCAAUGAAAAUGACCCUGAACUCCUCAAACGAACAUUUACAUGACCCACGUUCCCACAGGUCAAGGGUCACACACUACAGAUGCAUGAAGCACACCUUAAAGGAGACCAUUCCAGUAUCUAGAAGGAUAUUCAGUGACUUUUAGGUAACACGUUGUCGACUUUCAUCAAUUAAAACACGAGUCCUAUUCAAUGCUUAACGGGUCAUCGGUUUACAUAGUCUACAUUCAGUUCUGAAUAGCCUAUAUGAAUCAAAGUUUAUGAUAUUUGAACGUAGGCUAACACAUGACCUGUUCAGCAUUUAAUAUUUUUGAAAGUUAUUAUAAGGUGUUACCGACUUUUAUAUCUGUUCAAUAUCGACAUUACGUUCAGGUUUGUUCUUUUCCUUCUCUCCUCUAAAAUGUCUUUAUUUUUAAUUUAUUAUUUUGUACAUUUGUAAAUAUUAAAUGUGUCCAUGCGACACAAAUGUGCACUAUACGAGACUGUAAAGAGACAUUUUUUUUUUAAAUAAGUAUUUAUAAGUUGCUGUCCAGUGAGUUUUUGCAUGUUGCCAUUUGUUGUCUAAUUUUCCCGUAUGAUUUUAACGGGCCGUUCUCGUUGUUUCGACCAUUUUUGCAUGUGCUCUUAAAGCAUUUCUGUCCCUUAGAGGCGGAAUAUCCCACAAGUUCUUUGUGAAAAAAAAAACGGUGAUGGAAAUAAAUAAGCUCAAGAACACAAUGACAGAGUGAUAUAUUCCCAUCGACGUCACAAUAAAUGUGCAAUAUGGUUGCAUAAAACUG